AUGGCACCGAAGUUCACCAAACUCCGCCCUUUAGGCAAGAAUGGUCCCCUAGUGCCAGCCAUUGGAUAUGGUAUGAUGGUCAUGACGUCUCCUAGCUACGGGGCUUCGCUUGAAGAUGACCAGCGUUUGGCCCUGCUUGAUCGUGCAGUCGAAAUUGGGGCAACCUUUUGGGACACGGCCGAUAUGUAUGGUGACAAUGAGAAGCUUUUGGCUCAAUGGUUCAAAAGGUCUGGGAAGCGCGACCAGAUCUUUCUUGCAUCAAAAUUUGGAUAUGUCAAAGGUAGCCAUACGUUGGAAAUCGACACAUCUGCUGCCUAUACCAAGAAAGCUUGCUACUCCACCUUGGAGAACCUAGGCAUUGAAUAUUUGGACCUUUACUAUGUCCACAACGUGGAUAAAGUUACUCCUAUUGAAGAGACCAUGCGCGCUCUCGUGGAAUUACAGGCCGAAGGCAAGAUCAAGCACAUCGGGCUAUCGGUAGUUUCCUCCAGCACUAUUCGCCGGGCGGCUAAAAUAGCCCCUAUUACCGCCUACCAACCCGGCUACUCACUUUUCGAGCGUCUGAUCGAAGGCCCUGAAGGAACCCAUGCACUAGCCACGUGCCGCGAGCUCGGGAUUGCAAUCGUGUGCGCGACGCCUCUGGGCCGAGGCAUUCUCACUUCCGGGUUCAGUCAGGGUAAAGCAAUUGGUGCCGAGGCGGAUAUACGUGAGAAGAUGAUGCCGCAGUUCCAGGAUGGUGCUAAAGAGCACAAUGCGGACUUGGCGAGGCAGAUCAAGAUUGUUGCCGACAGAAAGGGAUGCAGCUUGUCUCAAUUGGCGCUUGCUUGGCUACUUAAGCAGGGUGACGAUAUUUUUCCCAUUCCCGGUACUAAGAGAAUCAAGUAUUUAGAGGAUAAUAUGGGGGCUCUCGAUGUCAAUCUUACCGAUGAAGAAGAAGCGGAGAUUAGAGCGCUCGUGGAAAAGACUCCUGUGGUUGGUAGUUCGGUUCCCGAUGCGUUUACCGGGAUGCUCUUUCGCGAUACCAAGGAAGAAUGA